AUGCCUCUUUCACCGCGAAUUAUUGAAUAUGGUUUGAAAGCUGCUGGAGUCGCAACUGCCGUCUUGUGCAUCAGCUUGGGUGUAUUUUGUAUGGUCUCAAUAUCUGCACAAUGCAUCAUUGGUGGUCUCCUAUUGAUAAUAAUUGGCAUAGUUGUUAUAAUACUAGAAGCACCUAUUUGUUGUUCCAUGAUUCCACAAUUGCACAAAUUCAAUGAGUUCAUUGAGAAACGUUCUCCUAUUGAAAAAUCAAUCUUUUACGGAAUUGCUGCUAUUUUACCCUUGAGCCUGUGCUUUGGUAUUUCCACACUGUUUUGUGGGCUAGCAUUGGGUGGAUGCUGUGCAUUUAAUAUUUGGAGAAUUAUCAAAGAAAGACGCAACAGGCAAGCCAAUCCAGAAGGUGUGGUUUCGGAACAUCAGACUCCAUAUGCUGCAGGUAAUCCGCAACCUGCAACGUUUCAGGGUGGAUACGCUGACCCACCAGGAUUCCGAGAUCAAUUAAUUGAAAAAGCUGCUACUGGAGCAGUAAGAGGUGUGAUUUCUGGCUCUGGUGGUGGUUAUCCAGGAACAGGUUAUUCUGGCACUUAGGUAUAUUAUCCUCAGUGAGAGUUUGAUAUGUUUUCUCUGUUCUAUUCCCUUCACAACCUAAUAGUUCUCUGUUCCUUUAAGUUGC